ACAAAUUACGUUAACGACAGCUGCUAAAUGGAUUUUUUUUCCUAUAGUGAUUGAUAAAUGUUAUUUAAUAGGAUUUUAACAUUGGCAACCUCUCAUAUUGUCAGCAUCUCUGUGGAAUGUUUUUCUUUCCAUCCUGUGAGAGCGCCCUGCUACCGCAUCCUCACUCAGCAGGUGGGAAAAACCCAUUCACGUCUGAUGUCAUCCCUGCAUAAAAGGAAGAGAGGGACGCCUCACACGGAGGCAGAGCAGAGCAGCAAGGAGAAGAAACUACAAGGCCUUCAGAAUUGUCUGGAAAAAGGGGUCAAAAUGACUAAAAAGCUGCUGCUGGAUGUGGACUGUGGUGUAGACGAUGCUCAGGCCAUUAUGCUGGCCUUGGGGGACCCCAAUGUACAGAUCCUGGGCAUCACCUGCGUGCACGGAAACACCACAGUGGAAAACGUGUGCAAGAAUGUGCUGCGGGUUCUUCAGGCCUGCAGAAAAUUGGAGAUUCCAGUGUUUAAAGGUGCUGAUAAGCCCAUCCUUGGGAACAGCCUCAGUGGAGGGAACUUCCACGGUGAGGAUGGCCUAGGAGACGCGCCUGACCCCGGUGCUCCUGGUCUGGACCUGAUUCAGGAAGAGAACGCUGUGUCGGCUUUGAUCAGAAUUGUCAACGAGAAUCCCGGAGAGGUGUGUCUGGUUGCCACGGCACCCCUCACCAACUUGGCUCUGGCUGUGAGGAUGGAUCCAUCUCUGCCGGGCAAACUCAAAGGGCUCUACAUCAUGGGGGGGAACACGGAGUCUCGAGGAAACAUCACAGUGUGUGCAGAGUUUAACUUUGCUGCAGAUCCAGAGGCUGCGUACGUGGUGCUGAAUGAUUUCCAGUGUCCCACUUAUCUGGCCUGCUGGGAGUUUACCUGCUACAGCCAGCUGCCAUGGGAGUUUUGUGACACCUGGUUGGGUCAGGACAGCGACAAGGCUCGCUUCAUGGCGAAAAUCUUCCGCCACAGUAUGGAGGAGGCGAAGAAAGAGAGUACGCAGAACGAGUGUCUGGGUUGCACGGGAUUUGUAUCCUGUGACUCCUACGCCAUGGCGGCCGCCAUGGAUGACUCGUUCAUCACAGAAAGCGAUCAGUACCCGGUCAGCGUUGAACUGACGGGGACUUACACCAGAGGAAUGAUGAUCGUGGACACUUUGGGGCUGCUGAAGAAAACGCAUAAAGCUGUUAUUAUGAAGAAGGUGGACAUGGAAAAGUUCAAAAAGAUGAUGAUGGCGGCUUUGAAAUGACAAACACACAUGGAGUGAACUCAGGUCCUCAGGUUCAGACUGGGUAACAACAACACAGCAAUGCAAAUAAGAAUAGAAAGAGUAAAGCGUCACCUUCAAAAAGCUUGAACCCAUUUAUGGAGGCUUAGGUCCCCGACACAAAGGUCAGCAGUUCAAAACGCCGCCCAGUGAGCUUUGCUGCAUGUCUUCCCCCUCUUUCCAAACACAUUUCCUGUCUACCUACUACUGAAAAAAAUAAACAUAAAAAAUAAAGGCCACUAGUGCCUAAGAUAUUAAAGAGAGAAACCUGCCAUGAAGGAUCAAA